AUGGCAAGUGUCUGUUUUAUCUUUCCUAAUUCCUCUCAAAAACUUGAAGCUUCUUUCACUGACGACUUGACUGUAAAAUAUAUUUAGAUAAGAAGCGUUAAGCAAGAUUUAUUAGCAAAGCACUGGCCUCAGGGCCAGAUUUCUAGAGAAAAAAUCGACGGCUUGCGAUUUUUUUGUAUGGGGAAAGAGCUGCAAGAUAAUCAGAAAUUAAAAGACUAUUCUCCGCCAAGUCCUGAUGUUCCUAUACCUAUACAUGUUCACAUAAUCAAAACUUCAAUAGAAAAGCCUGAGUCUCACAGCGACGCUAAAUGGUGCUGCUCCUGUCAAAUAUUUUAA